AUGGCCCCGAGCGACACCAGCUGCAUCUUCUGCAAGAAAGUCGAUUGGAACGAGAAAGAUACCGAGCAACUUAACUGGGUGAUCCAAAAUCUCAACGGGAGGGUCGACUCCAGAGUCUGCUUCUACCACAACCAGAAACAAAUCGAACGGCUGUCUGAGGCGCGCAACAAGAUCCAGCAGGAAUUACGACGGCGAACCACACCGGUCGAAGAAGUCAAGCAAAGAAUAUACUGGGAUCAUUUCAACGCGAUGCGCUCCGAUCAGAAAAGUUCUGGCGGCUGUUGUGUGGUCAUGUGA